AUGGUCCAUCACGGCCCGGCAAGGGGCUGCCAGCGAUGCAAAGACCGCCAUUGUGGCCUAGAGCGCCCUGCAUGCCGGCAAUGCGUAAAACUAAAUUUCCGCUGCCCUGGCUAUCGCCAUGAACUCGACGUCGUGCUCAGAGACCAAACCACGUCUGUUGUGCGCCGCCAUGGGGGCAAUCGCAAUGGCCGCAAGCCAGCUGCAUCAUCGGCACAGGUUGCCAGCACGAAUCGCUUCAACAAGCCGUCUCUCCCCGGAGAAAUAGUUUCCGGUCUCGAAACUUUUGCGCUUUCCUUUCUGGUCUUUGGCAGUGGAUUGGUGGGGGAUGGGCGAACCAGCCACGGCCAUUUAGACUCUUUACAGUCGCUCUAUCAGAAAUCCGCUCCCAUGCCGCUCUUCACACUAACUACAUCCUGGAUGGCGACUUUGGUCCUGAGCAUGGUCUGCAAAACAGGCAAGCAGCAGUGCCUAAAUGAGGAGAGCCGCCUGAUGGCUAAAGUUAUUCAGAGUAUCCGGAAAGCUGUCAUAGACCCAGUGAGCAGUGUCAGUGAUGAAACCCUAGCAGCCGUGGUCAUCCUCGGACAUGGAGAGUUCCUGCGAAGCAAGCUACAUAUAUCACCACCUUCAGAAAAACCCGUCAGCUUUAUGAUCCAUCAAGCCGGGGCCGAGGCUUUGAUCCGAAGACGAGGGCUUUUGAACUUCCAGGGCAGUUCGUCCGUCGCACUCUUUGAUGCCGUCCGACACAAUGCUGUUAGCAUUGCAACAAUAGAACCAAGAGGAUCCCACACACUAAAUUGGGACUUGUGGGAUAUCAUGGACGAUCGGUUUCGCGAGCUAUGUGAUUCGUACACGCCCGCAACGGAGCUUGAUGCUUGCGGGGCUAGAAUAAUUUCCUUGAAACGGCGAGUGCAGAAUACGUCUGUAUACGACAAUUCGCCAGAUUUAUUGCAGAAGGACCUGAUCGCGCUUUUUGACCGUAUACAAUCCUGGCGAUGGCGCAUCCCAGCCGACUGGAAAUCCAACGACGCUGCAACCGAGGUGUCAAAUCAGACUCCAAAUGUUCAAUAUUUGUUCAAUGAGUGGUAUCUCCUUCAGCUAGAAGCGAGUCAUCUUAUUAAACAAUUCAAGACGAAAUUCAACGAUCAAAAUCCAUGCGAAACAGAAUUCACUCGUGAGUUGGAGUGGGUAGACAUUGUGAUAGCAUCGACAUAUCCUCUUUUGGGCCAGGCACCAGCUCCGCAUUUAAAGAUCUCCAGAAAAGCUACUCCCAUUGCCAGAAAAGAAUGCGACGCGUUGCGGGGUCCAAGACUCUUUGGUCAGUCAAUUGAAAAACUAGAGAUUAUACUUUUGAAUGCAUUAAAAUCGUUGCAAUUACCGGCAAUGGUAGAGUCACGAUAUAAAGAGAUUGUGAACUGGGUGAAAGUGAAAAGAACCCAUUGA